ACUAUUCCGCCUUCAGGGCUCACAAAUAAACCAUUACCGUAGCACCCGGCCACCACUCUCCACCCUCGUCUCUGCGCCCCCUUCACAGCGAACACUCCUCUCAAUAUAGUCUUCUCAUACUGCUCUUGUACACUGUUCACUUUUAUCAAGUUCUGGCUCCGUUGUCGCAAACGCCCACCAUGGGAUUAGCAUACAACAUCUACCUCAACUCUUCUCGCAUCUAUGGGUGUAAGGUCUGCAAGACACACCUGUCGAAUCAUGACGAUAUUCUUAGCAGGAAUUUCCGUGGCCAACACGGCAAAGCCUACCUCUUCGACAGCGUUGUCAACGUCACCGAAUCUGAGCCCAAUGAACGCAACAUGACGACUGGCCGCCACAUUGUGCGGGAUAUACACUGCCGGCAGUGCAAGGAGACGGUGGGGUGGAAGUAUGACAAGGCGUAUGAGGCGUCGGAGAAGUACAAGGAGGGGAAGUUCAUCCUCGAGGCGGAGCUACUCUGCACAGUGACUUAAGGGCCGCCGUGGUUAGAUUCGGCAGGUCAGCAUGUCUACUUAGCACGGGAAAUGCAUUUAGCUGGAGUUUUUUUGAGGGGUUUUUUUUUUUUUU